GGUACAACACGAAACAACGUUCUUCCACAACUUCCUGUCGACACAGGUUUUCUGGAGGAUAAGCGACCAACUUGCUUUUGAAACAUUGAAUUUGGGGUCGUUUCGGUGGAGGGCAAAGUGAUACGCAGUAGGCUAGUGUAUUUCUUCCUCACCUAGUUUCAGAUAUUGUCCUUUAUUGGCCAACGCGCCUCUCUUGCCCCUUCUCUUGGGGUCGCUUUCGUCGGGGAUUGUUGUUAGUUCACCAAAGCGGGUGUAGCCAUGGGGGAUGUUAUUUCCACUCAACUGGAUGAGGGAAAGCGAGAGAUGAUUACAGCUCGUUCCAGGCAGGUGAUGGGGAAAUUUGGCCAUGUUUACAAGGAGCAGUAUGCUGUGGCCCUCUUCAACAGUGUCCGCUUUGAGAUUGAGGGGGGAGGAGGUCCCCAGUCACAGCUCCUGCACCGCAAGGACCCUCUAGAGGACCACUCUAUCUUCUCUGGGAGUCUCUUCCAGUACUUGGAGGAGAACAAGAAAUGGAGAAACCGCUUUGUCUUUGUGGCCGACACCUACAACAUCAGCUUCCACGAGAACAAAGUGGCUCACGAGAGGGGCUUGCACCCUAAAGGAACCAUCAACUGUGCUGGAUACAAAGCUCUGACCUCCAUGGAGGAAUACCUGGAUCUGGUCAACACCAGCCUGCCAGGUAUAAAGGCUAAGGUGGGCAGCGGUCCAUUUGUGAAGUGUGCCACCGAGUUCCCCCUGAUCCUGUGGCACCCGUAUGCCCGCCACCACUACUUCUGCGUGCUGACAGAGAAGGAGCAGAAGAAGUGGCACGCUGUGCUCCAGGACUGUGUCAGACACAGCAACAAUGGUCUGUCAGAGAAGUGCAGGGUGCAGACCCCUGCCUUCACGGAUGCAGUGCGGCUCUACAAGCAGGCUCAGGGACACUACGGCACCUGGGACAUGAUGUGUGGAGGGCCACCACAGAUCCUAGCCAACCUAGUGAUGGAGACCCUCUACCCAGAGCUGAGGAAUCUGAUUGGUCCUCGUCUGAAGGGGAAGAUGCAACAGAGACAGAGGAACUGGAUGCUGAUCUCUGAGGCGGUGUAUAAGCAGGUGUUGUCUCAGACCCAGGCCCAGUACGAGGCUCUAGUCCAGGCCUGUGAGGUAGAGAUGCCCCAGCUAGACGCCGCGCUACGCACAGACAUGGACCAGAUUGUCACCUCCAAGGAACACAUCAGCGGCAAGAUCCGCGCUCUGGUGUUGCCCAGGGCAGAGCAGCUCCUGCGGGGCAGCGUCCAGCCCUACCUCAGCUCCAUCCUGGAAGCCUUGAUGGAGCCCACCAGCAGAGGCUUCUCAGAGGUCCGAGACGUCUUCUUCAGAGAGCUGGUGGAGGUCAGCAAGAACACGCUCAACGGAGAGGGCAAGGACAAACUGGGGGAGCACAUGGAGAAGAUCUCUAUGCUGGCAUUCCACCCGGUGAAGAUGCAGAGCUGCUAUGAGAAGGUGGAGCAGCUGAGUCUGGAAGGGCUGCAGCAGAGAUUUGAUGUGUCCAGCCCCUCCGUGUUCAUCCAAAGGGCUCAGAUCCUCAUGAGAGAGCAAAUGGACAACGCUGUGUACACGUUUGAACAGCUGCUGCACCAGAGUCUGGAGGGAAAGGGCCAGAGAGGAGAGGACCUGUGUAAGACCAUCCAAUGCUGUCAGGACAGAGUGCUCAAGAAAUAUGACUAUGACAGUAGCACGGUGCGUAAGAAGUUCUUCAGAGAGGCCCUGCUACAGAUCAUCAUCCCCUACAUGCUGAAGCAGCUCACUCCCUCCUGCCAUCCGGACUUCCCUUCCUUCCAGGAGAUGAUCUUUGAGGACUUCUCCCGGUUCAUCCUGGUGGAGAACGUGUUUGAGGAGGUGGUGCUGCAGUCUGUCACCAAGGACAUCAUGAUGGCUGUGAAAGAGGCGGCGGUCCAGAAGAGACACAACCUGUACAGAGACAGCAUGAUCCUGACCAACAGCGACCCCAACCUCCACCUGCUGGGGGAGAGCCCUUCGGUAGACUGGGCCGCCCAGUUCGGUGGUGGGGAUGAGGAGCCUGACGGGUCCCUGGGAGGAGGUGGCCGGUCCAACUGGCGGCGCAGGCAAGUGGUCUCCAUGAUCCAGCUGGACGGGAUGGGCCCGAUGCCCUACGAGUCGUGCUUGGAGGUGCCGGGAGUGGAUUUCAUCCCCGAGGAGGGGGAGAUGGAGGAGGUGGGAGCGACCCCCAUGGAACCAGAUCCAAAGACCCCCACGGAACUAGACCCCCCCAAGGAGCCUGAUUCCCCAGACAGCGUGCAGCAGAUCCGUUUCCUCAUCAACCCGGUGGUGGAGAUGGUAGUCCCGGCCUCAGAGGAGGACUUGGCUGUUCUCACCAAUGGGACAGAGCCGAGGAUGCUGACUCUGGAGGAUGGGGAGGAGGAGGUGACACUCAUCACCACCGUGGUGGAGGAGGUGCACAGUAAGUCACUGCAGUGGAAAAGUGCCCCACAGGAAGUGAGCGAGCAGCUGAUAGAAACAGGUCCAAACCAGGAAGCUGAGGGGGAGCUUCAGGAAAAGGGGGAGGCAGCUAUUGAGGGCAAGGGGGAGGAGGGCGAGGCGGCCAUUGAGAACACCUUACAGGAAAUAGUGAUACAGGAAGAGGUCGGAGAUUUACAGGAGGAGAGGCAGGAGGAGGUGGAGGCAGCCAUUGAGGGUGAGUCAUCCAUCGAGGGAGAAGAGGAGGAGGAGGCUAUUGAGAACGCCAUACUGGAAAUAGAGAUGGCUGUACAGGAAGAGGACGAAGAGAGGAUAACGGAGUGUGCCGUAGACUCCAUCCCCCGGCACCACAACGACAGCGGCUUCCAAUCACUUACCAAUGAGGCCUUGGAUGAGGGCGAAGCUCAGCCAAUGAUGGAUGCUCUGAAAACAGAGGACUCUCUAACCGACCCAGGUGAGGUGGUGGUGGUUGUAGAGCAGGGAAACACUGCACUUCACGACGACUCUGAGACCGGGGAAGACUUUGCUGGGAAAACAGAGGAGUACGAGACCGAAAUUCUAUAUGAGAUUUGAAUGGGAAGACAUAAAAAAUAUAUAUAACGUUCUACCCGAUGACAUCAUCAAAAGUUUAAAAUAAAAGUGGAAGGAAAAAAACACUGAGAUUCGCAGUGACGUGCGGAGCAAGAAAAUACCCUCCCUUGGGUUAGAAACUUAUUGCAGGUUUUGAAAAAUCACUGUUUUUUACUUUUAAUCCUACCCUGUGAUGUCACAGAGAAGCAUUUUUUUAGGACCUUAUCUUUUUAACCACAGCUCAUAGAAACCCACUGUUUUCCCAUGUAGACACUGGUAUGGUGAUGGAGGUAAUGAACUGAGGUUGAAAAGUGGCGGAAUUGCCCUUUUUAAAGGUCAUAAUUGGAUAAGGGAUGUGGGGAGGAUUGUAGGCGCAGAAGAUACACAUUACACUACAGAUGACCAUCUGCAAGGGCCCUAAGGAUAUGUUCACAGAGAUGCAUGGCAUGAUAGAGGUAACUCUAUGGUGCAUGGGUAUGGUCACACUCACUGGUCAUUGCAUGACCUCUUACUGAGCACUAGGGGGCACUGUAAGCUGGCUCUUGACACAAACGGCUCUGUUUUACUUCUUUGUCAUGACAUCUUACUGUAAUGGGCAUUGUUGUAUAACAUAUCAUUAUAGUGAUUCAGCUAUCAUUGCAUUCAGGGUCUGGGAGAUCUGCUUUUUAACAUAUUUUAACAAUGACUUGUCACACGAUUGUAUAAAACCAGCCAGAGAGAUUUUGUCUUGAAAUAAGUGUAUGUUAAGCCUUCUUUUGAACAAUUAUCUUUUUAUUUUCACAAGCGGCCUUAUGGUUUCAACACUAUCUUUUUACAGUGCAUGACGUCAGCAUGACAAGGCACUUGCUUACUUUUCUGUGUGUUAGUCUAACCCUUAUUUAGUGUGAGCGGAGCUGCUCAAAUGAUAGCAGUUGCUAGUCUUAUUAUAGAUGCUAGAGGUCCUAUGUCAGCCACAGUGCUACUGACAAGCCACUGCCAUGGGCAUGCUUAGUUAUUACUAAAGGGACUUGCUCUGCUGAUAUCUUGUCUGUGACGCAUCAGAAUCUCUCAUUAAGAUGGGAUGCUCAGUGUGCGUGUGGGAGUGUGUUGUCUAGAUUUACAUUUGACAUUUUAGUCAUUUAGCAGACGCUCUUAUCCAGAGCGACUUAGUUAGUGAGUGCAUACAUUUU